UGAAGUCAUCUCGCGGUGGGGAUCGUAACAUGGUGAAAUCAAGUGUGUUUGUCUCAACAGUACCGCUUUUAAAUGUGUAUGAUAAAAAUGUAUAGUGAUCGCAUUUUCGCGGUCCCAUUUAAUGAAGGAUAGGAUGUUUUCCAACAUUAACUGUAAGGUAAAAUAACGAAAAUAGGUUAAACAACAAGACGAGAGGAAGCAUAGCCCUACUGAAAGGAGUGGAAGUUUACAUUGCCUGGUGGAGCAUGGAUCACAAAGGGAAGACCGUGACAGCUCCAAACAUGUCCAAGAAGAGGAAGACUUCAAAGCCUAAGCAAAAAGGCAAAGCACAAGGAACCAGGGAGACCUUAGAGAUCGAGGAUAAAUCAAGGGGAGAAAAACUGUCUAAGGAUGAGGAAGAACAGCACCAGAAACCCCUAAAGAUAAAGAGAACUUACGGAAGGAAAAAGCCUCAGAGUGUCCAGAGUGCCUGCAUACCAUUGGGUCCUGCGGAGGAUUCGGCCAGCGAGUCAUCCUGCUCCUCAGUUCUUUCCUCCAGUCUGGCUAAUGGCAGCGAGGACAUGACCGGCCCUUCUAGAAAACCUUCCUACCAAUUGGAGACAAAGAGGGCUGAACCCAGCUCAGACACAGGGAAGGGAAAAGGGGCGCUGACAAAGAAGAAACGAAAAAUGGAGGACAGCAAGCCCCCCAAUGAGAGCGUCUCUAAGGAAGUAAAACAGUCAGUUGCUGCUGUGGAGCAGAGUCAGAGGAACAAAAGCACGGUAGAGAAGGAGGGGCAAGGAAGUAAAGGCCCAGGCAUCAAGAAGGACACUCCAUGUUACCCCCCAGGGAGUCAAGAGGAGAGAUUGAACCUGCAGCUUGCGGAUAAAGGAAGAGUCACCUGCCCCAAGUGCAAGACCGUCAGUCGGAAAACUGUUGAGGGGUUGAAGAAACACAUGACGAGUUGUAAAGCGAAUCCUUUCACGUGUCAACACUGUGGGAAACAGCUAAAGUCUUCAACUGGCAUGAAGUAUCACCUGAUGGCAGAUCACAGUAAUCUGCCCACUUCGGAAGAUGGGAAUGAAGUGGACAGCCAGUCCGUGAAGGAGAAGCUCAGGAAGGUGCUGAAAAGAAUGGGCAAAUUAAAAUGCUCAAAAGAGGGCUGCAGUGGCAGCUUCACCAGUGUCAUGGGGUACCUAUAUCACAUGCGCAAGUGUGGGAAAGAGGAGGCGGAGCUGGAGAAGCUGCUGCUGAACUGCAGGCAUUGUGGGAAGGCCUACAAGUCCAGGGCAGGCCUGGAGUACCAUCUCAAAUCUGAACACAGCCCAACACCCCUGAAGAAUGAUGAUGAGGAGGUGACAGCCCCAAAAGAAAGGGAGGCAAACCCAGAGAAGACGCCAAGCGGGAGGGUGAAGAGGACCUCUGCCCAGGUGGCGGUCUUCCAUCUGCAGGAGAUUGCUAGCGAGGAGUUGCUGAAGGAGUGGCCCAAGAGAAAGGUGCAGCAGGACCUGGUCCCGGACGACAAGAAGCUGAAAUAUGCACGACCAGGGCUUCCGGCAUUCAGUCAAGAGGUCCUCCGGAAAUGGAAGAAUGAAGUGAAGCUGCAGAGAAAAGUACAAUGCCCAAACCAGGGUUGUGACUCAGUCUACACCAGUGUGUCUGGACUGAAAGCUCACCUAGGCCUCUGUUCAAGGGGAGACUUCGAAGCCGGGAAGUACAAAUGCUUGAUAUGUGAUAAAGAAUUCAGCUCGGAAAGUGGAGUGAAGUAUCACAUCAACUCAAUCCAUGCACAGGACUGGUUCAUUGUGAGCUCCAAGGCAUCCAAGAGUUUUGAGAAGCUUCUGAAGUCCAAGCCCAAGCAGGGCCUUGUUAAGGACUGCCCAGACCAGAGCCCGUCCCUCCGGUUCACGCCGGGGCUUAAGGCCUGGCAGGAAAAGAAGCCCCGCGGGGCACCGAUGUGUGGCCUGAAGACAAGGCCGGGGCAAGAGGAGAAGAAGAGGAAGGAGAAGGAGAAGGAGAGCGGGAGGGAGAAGGACUGCUAUGACUUCAGUGGCAGCGACAGCCCCAGCAGCAGCAGCAGCAGCGGCAGCAGCUCCAGCAGCGACUCCGAACAGGAGGAGCCGGAGGCCCCGAAACACGACAAGUGGGCCCUGAAGCGGCCCCUGGCCCGGCCCGACUUGGCCAAGCGGGCCAAGAGCAGCUCCUAACUCCUCACCCCCAUUUAUGAAAGGGGAAUGUGGUCAGUUUGUUUUAACCACUUUAAGCAUUGCCGUCCGUGUGAACGGAUACAGCACACCUACAGUAGCUAGCUGUUAACUCUCGCAACACUCUUUUCAUACAUUGUGCUCAUUUUAGAGACUGUCCUCUUGGUGCUGCACUCACAGUUCCUCAUGUGUGUUUGCUCAUUUUUAAAAACUGAAAGCACAUUUUUGUUCAUGUCACAGUAGGCCAGAACCCUCGGCUCUCCAUUUCUUGGCAUUAUUUUUCUGUCCAUUCUCUGUGACCUUAGAGUAUUUGUCCUCUAGCCAUCUGUUCAUACAUAAACAGUCAUUGUUCGGCAUAUGCAGCACAAAGACAACAGCAGCAUACGUUGAUGGUUGGAGGGUAUGGGUUUAUAGGAAACAGUUGUCACAUAAGCAUGAUGUGUGUCCCUUGUCAUGAAGCCCUCGUCCCAAGGGAAAGAGUACAUGCAUAGCAAUUGAGACUAUGCAUUUAUGAUUACAUAUCUGCUAAUUGAUACAUCAGGCAGAACUGCAGACAUAUCUUCUCCAUCAGCAGUCAAGGGGACUUAUUUUUAUUACAGAAGACAGGCUAAGAAGCCAGUUUAAGAGUGUUGCAAUUUGAAGUGCCCAUGAAAUAUUUUCAAUUUCAUCCUGUCACUGUUGCUUUCUGAGCUCAUUAUUUUUUUUUUCUGACUAUUAUGAAAAGUCCCGUCCCCUAAUCGGUGCUAGGUACUGCAUUCGCCUAUUCGUAAUCACCUGCCUAUAAAAAAUUUUGACUUGUUCAUCACUGUGUAAAAUCACAAUGUGAGCAUCAUUAAUGUCCCCUUUGCAUUGUGGGAAAAGCUUUGUAAACACUAAACCACGCAUUAAUCAGAUGGACUGCUGAAAUCUUCUCUAAGUCCUUAAUUA